ACGAACAGCCGGACCGACCGCAGCGAGUGGGAUUCCAGCCGGCAAGCUAUGCGGAGCCCCCCGGCCAGAACCCCCGACGGAUAGCCCCCAACAAGCUCUACAGCGAGAAAUAUAGGCGGUUACUGCCGACCCAGGACCCCGGAGAUCGCACUGCAUGGAGGCGGGGAUUGGGAUCCGAGCAGCCGCUCCAUCUGCAGCCAGCCUUGGGGGGCUUGAAAGAAUCAUGAAGUCCUCGUUGCAUUUAGAGGAAGAUGACUUUGUACCAGAGCUGCCACGAAGCAUCCACCCACGCGAAAGGCCGGACUGGGAGGAAACAAUCAGUGCCAUGGCGCGAGGGGCAGACAUUCCAGUUCCUGGUGAAAUCCCUCUGCGGUCCUGCAGCAGCACUGCCAGCAUGAAGGUCAAACAUGUUAAAAAAUUAUCCUUCACCAAGGGGCACUUCCCAAAGCUGGCAGAAUGUGCUCAUUUCCACUAUGAGAAUGUCGAUUUUGGCAGCAUACAGCUGACACUAACGGACGAACAGAAUGAAGUGAGCCGAAACUGCGGCGAACCAAACGAGCUGGUGUUCCUGGUGCAGGUGGCAUGUCAGGGCCGCAGUUGGAUCGUUAAGCGAAGUUAUGAAGAUUUCCGAGUGCUGGAUAAACAUCUUCACUUGUGCAUAUAUGACCGGCGCUUCUCCCAGCUCCCUGAGCUGCCACGAUCCGACCCCGUGAAGGAGAAUCCUGAGCUGGUCACACAGAUGCUGAUGGCUUACCUGUCUCGGCUUUCAGCCAUUGCUGGUAACAAAAUCAAUUGUGGACCAGCCCUGACGUGGAUGGAGAUCGAUAACAAAGGGAAUCACUUGCUUGUCCAUGAAGAAUCCUCAAUCAACGUUCCAGCCAUUGCUGCUGCCCAUGUCAUAAAGAGAUACAAUGCUCAGGCCCCAGAUGAGCUGUCAUUUGAGGUGGGAGACAUUGUGUCCGUUAUUGACAUGCCACCAAAGGAGCUGACCACAUGGUGGAGGGGGAAACAUGGCUUUCAAGUUGGCUUUUUUCCCAGUGAAUGUGUGGAAUUAAUCAAUGAUAAAGUUCCCCAGUCUAUGACCAACUCAGUACCUAAACCAGUCUCCCCUGCACACGGAAUGAGGCCGGCUUCAUGGAGCUACUUCCCCCCCUAUUUGGAGAUGGAUAGUGUGGGGCCAGCGUGCCUUUCUGAGGUACUGAGUCAUUCCCAGCUCAGUUCAGUAUCCAGAAAGCACGGCAAACUCAUCACAUUCCUAAGAACCUUCAUGAAGUCCCGACCCAGCAAACAAAAGCUAAAGCAGCGAGGGAUCCUGAGAGAACGUGUGUUUGGAUGCGACCUCGGGGAGCAUCUUCUCAAUUCAGGCCAGGAUGUCCCCCAGGUCCUCCGGAGCUGCACAGAAUUUAUAGAGAAGCAUGGCAUCGUGGAUGGAAUAUAUCGGCUGUCGGGAAUAGCAUCCAACAUUCAGAAGCUGCGCCAUGAAUUUGAUUCUGAGCAGAUCCCAGACCUGACGAAAGAUGUGUAUAUCCAGGACAUUCACUGUGUGGGUUCGCUCUGUAAACUCUACUUCCGGGAGCUUCCCAAUCCUCUCCUGACUUACCAGCUCUACGAGAAGUUCUCGGAUGCAGUCUCCGCAGCCACUGACGAGGAACGAUUAGUGAAAAUUCAUGAUGUCAUCCAACAGCUGCCUCCCCCUCAUUACAGGACACUGGAGUUCCUCAUGCGGCACUUAUCGCGUCUGGCUACAUACUGCACCAUCACUAACAUGCACACCAAGAAUCUGGCUAUCGUCUGGGCCCCCAACCUGCUCCGGUAUGGGACCGUUACUUCCCGAUCAAAGCAAAUCGAAUCGGCAUGUUUCAGUGGCACAGCAGCCUUCAUGGAGGUGCGAAUCCAGUCCGUGGUUGUGGAGUUUAUAUUGAACCAUGUGGAGGUGCUUUUCAGCCCCAAACUUAGUGCCGUGAUACGGGACGGUGCAGGUCAUACUUCUCUUUCUCGUCCUAAGUCUUUGUUGGUCUCUUCUCCAUCCACCAAGUUACUUAGUCUUGAAGAGGCCCAGGCACGGACACAGGCUCAAAUUAAUUCCCCUGUUGUGGCUGACAGCAAAUACAUUGAGGUGGGAGAAGGUCCAGCAGCCUUACAGGGCCGGUUCCACACGGUCAUAGAGUUCCCUUCAGAGAGGAAAAGACCACCGAACAAAAUGAAAAAAUCUCCAGUGGGCAGCUGGCGUUCCUUCUUUAACCUCGGUAAAUCCUCGUCUUCAUCCAACAUGUCCAAAAGGAAGCUACAGCGCAAUCCCAGCGAGCCGCUGGAAAUGAAGGCUUUGGCAGGUGGAAGGGUUGACACGGGCACAAUGCGCUCUGCUAAAAGUGAGGAGUCACUCAGUUCACUGCACGCAGCUGAUGGGGAGUCUAAACUUUUUCGUCCACGGCGCCCUCGCUCAAGCAGUGAUGCUCUUUCUGCCUCAUACAAUGGAGAUCUUCUGGACAGCUGUAAUCGCUGCAACUCAUACGAUAAUCUGCCCCAUGACCAAGACAGUGAUGGUGAUGAGGGACUGAUCCAUGUUCCUGCAAUGUUGUCUGGUCGCUCACACGAGGAUGAGGAUCUAAGCCCUCCAGAUAUCGGGGUGGCCAGUUUGGACUUUGAUCCAAUGUCCUUCCAGUGCAGUCCACCUCAGUUAGAAAGUGAAGGAGCAGAAAUUAGCAGUGUGUUCCACCAAGACACUGCCACUAACAAUGGCAAAGAGAGGACACCAGGUAGCGCCAGCAGCUCUGAGCCCAUGUCUCCACUGCAAGACAGGAUCUUAAGUCCAUUCUUAACCCCUGACCGCAGUCCCAGUGGAGAAAGAAUUCCAAAAGCUCCUUCCUUUACAGAAAGAGUUGUGCAGGCUUUCUCACCUAAAAUUGGCCGUAAAGCAGCCCAAACUUCUUUGACCAUUUCUGAUCCCAUCACUAUCUCAUUGCCUAGCCGGGUAUCAGAAAUGAUUGGGAGCAUCCAUGGGACCACUGGAGGUACACAAUCAUUGGCUUGGUGCAAAGACAGUAAUUCCAGGGAUAUGGUCUCUGUACAGAGUGUGACGUGUAAAUUUGGGGGUACAAUGAAUGUGUCUUCACCAGAGGCUGCAGCAUGUAUAGAGCCUGGCAUUUCACAUUGGAGCUCCACUGGUCUGGAAACUGGGGACACUGCAGGAAUAGUGUCUCAAGGUUUAUCUCAAACUGCACACAUAACUGAACUGGAAUUUAACCAGGAACUCCAUACAAGGACUGUUACUGGAUCAUCUCAAAAGGAAGACACCGAGCUGCCAGGCUUAGAGCAGGACGCAACUGUCCCCACUUUAGCUAUGCCUCCAGGAACUUCCACACUAGAGUCUCCACAAGAGCCAGCCCCGGUUAGCAGUGUUUCACUGAUUCCACCACCUCCUCCACCAAAAAAUGCUGCUCGUAUGCUGGCACUGGCACUGGCAGAAUCUGCUCAGCAAGCGUCCUUUCAGUCUCAGAAAAGACCUCCCUAUCUCCAGUUCAUGGAUCUUCCCCUACCGCCACCACCAGAAGAACAGCCACCACCCGAACUCAACAAACACAAUGAGUCUCCUACUCCAAGGACCCCACCACCGCCUUCACCAAAAGAGACCAGUCCUGUCCAUAAGACAACACCAAGCACCACUUCCUCUUUUUGCAUCACCACCAUUCAUUACAGUCCUGUAACUGGCCACAAUCCCUUGACAGGACUCACACCCGGCCUAAGCCCUUCAAGCCAGGUUUCUGUAUCAAUGCCACCUGAGGAUGUAGAGGUUGCUGGACCCAAUGAAAUGAAUUCCAAUUUCUCUAGUGAAUCAUUUUCUGCAGGGGAUUCUUUUCCUCCACCAGCUUCCACUGACCAAGCUAAGGAGAGCCCGAAACUAUUACCACAUCUCCAUCAACAGUCAGAAUCCUUUCCCUCACAUCCCACAUACAGCACAGCUCCACCAGCCCCACCAGUCAGAACUAUAGAAAGCCGAUUGGCCACAGCUCUUCACUCCAGCUAUGGUGAUGCCAUCACAGCAUCCAAUUACCAUUCUUUGUUAAAUACAAUGAUGCUACCGUCAUCUCUGGAAGAUGCACUACCUAGACACAAUUAUUCAAUGCCUACGAAGUCUGAGAGCAUGGUGGAGCAAGGGUCUAACUACAGACAUCCAUAUUCCUCCCAGGCCAAGCCAGAAGAUACAACUGAAUUAGGGGAAGCCUACAGGCAUCACUAUCCAACCAUGGGCAAGUGUGAAAACAUUGAGUCAGCAAACAGCUUUCGGCAGCCAUACUCUUCCCAAGUGGAAUCUGAGAGUUUAAAUGAUGGUUUUCUGCACCACAAGCCAGCAGUUUCCAAGUCUUAUCGAGCAGAAAAUGUCCCGCCACCUAUGCCUCCACCAUCAUAUGGUUCCCGCUGUGACACCCCUUCCUCCAAUUCAACACUUUAUGGAACCUAUAUGACCCAGGCAAAGCAUGCACGCACACGGAACCGGCCUGACUAUAUGCUAUCCAUGAGUCCAGGUCUUCGUAGCUAUUCAGAAGAUACAUCUCUCUAUCCUACAAUCAGACGGGUACAGUCUCUCCAUGUCCCUAUGCAACCUCCGCCACCUCCUAUCCGUGCUGUCCCCAUAUCUAGAACAGAGGUGCCACCAGAUGAUGAGCCAGCAUAUUGUCCGCGGCCUCUGUACCAGUAUAAACCAUGUCCAACCUUUACUUCUCAGUCUGACUAUCACGUCACACAGUUGCAGCCUUACUUUGAGAAUGGAAGGGUACAUUAUCGCUACAGCCCAUAUACAGGGAGCACAACAUACUACUCAUCAGAUGGCACUUUUUAUGAUAUGGACCCUUACAGUACAUUGCGUCUGCGCCAACUACACCUGUACCCAAGCCGUGACUUUGCUUCUUAUACCACGAGAUUUCAGCCAAAGUCCUCUUACAGAUCCCAAGGCAUGGCUCCAUAUCCUAGGGGCACAUUGCGGGAGCACAAUUUCAUUAGUAGAGAUGUCCCUCCUGCUCUGCCUCCUGAACAUUCUCGUCCUCUUCACAUCUCCUGGGAUAUGGAAGAUAUGGACCGGUAUAGACUGCAGUCUCUGAGACGUGAGACUAAAGCACGGCAGAGAGCAAAGGGGCCAGUCAUGUCGCAGUAUGAUAAUGUUACUCCUUCAUUGGUAGAGGAUAUUGCAGGAUUAGAUGUUAUUCAUCUGCGAAGUCGUUCAGACCCUGGCAAGACCCCUGGACUGUUAAGUGUGGCGGAUUCUAAAGAUAUCCGUUAUUCUGGAAGAGUAGAAGGUGAUGAGAGAGUAUUACAUUCAACCUCUGCUUAUGGAAAUGGGCAUCAGGAUAAACCAUCACUCCCACAAAAGCAGAGUGGAACUAAUAGGGGUCGACUGCAGCAUGACUUGUCCUCAGAGCAUCGAACUCAACCUCAUCAAGACCCUGGAUACAAGCAAUCCACAGAUGGAAGAAAUGGUCCUCCAUUUCCACAUUUAGAUUAUAGCUCCAAAACUAUGCCAAACCCCUCCGAUUCUAAAUCAUAUCAUUCCACUACCAACAAAUAUAAUGUUGCUCUGCAGGAACCAACGAGGCUUAAUCACAAGGAAUUGAGGCAUUCAGAGGACAUGGACCGAACCCUUACCAGACCAGCUGAUAACACACAUCGAGACUGUUACAGGGAGGAGGCAGCACCUUUUGCCACUGCUGCCCCUCCACCCAAGCCAGAGAGGAGUCACAGCCUCCGAGGCCAUAAUCCAGAGUCUUUAGAAAGAGACCCUGGCAACUUCUAUACUUACCAAACCCUUCACAGUAAGCGGAAUAACUCCAGUACUGCACUGCCUCAGUAUGAUAACCUGGCUGACUACCAUUCUAUUCCCCACCAUCGAGCUGCCAGCCAGUCUACCCCAAAUGCCUUUCCCCUUCCACAUGGACGAACCUAUGCCACUGCCCUGGGCCAGGGGGCCUUUCUAGCUGCUGAGCUUGCCCUGCAGAGGACCGAGACAAAAGUCCAUGCAGACUAAGGUGCUGCCAACACAGGGAAGGCGUAGAGGGGUUUAGAAUUAGGAAGGUUAGUAAUGGAAAGAGGACUUCAUUCUUAUUAGGCAGACCCCUGCUGGACAGCGGACUGUUUUAUUUUUUCAAAAGACAAAAAGCUAAAAAAUGAAUUAAAAAUAAACAGAGAAAACUAAAAUCUAGGUGAAAACACAAAAUAACUGUGAUCCACAAACACACCUCUAGCAAUAUACAUGGACACUGAUCCACAUUCCCUCAUUGUUAGAACUGUUUUAUGUUGUAAAUCAGUGUUGUCAUUCUCCUGUACCGUCUGUACCCCAUGUCCCCUACUUCCUAAAUAUCAGAGGGGCCACAGAGAGGAAUAAAGGACUCCUAUUUAAUCCAUGCAGGGCUGGUUGUGUGUCAGCAAGAGACAUCAUCUUUAAUAUGUUACUCUUUAUGGCACAUGUUUCACAGUGUAAUAAAACAAAUAUUUAUAAAAGGGUAAAAAACAGUAAUGUGAAAGGUUUUCUGUUUUGGGAGAAUACUCCACCGAUAAGGACUGGUCCUGAUAAAUACAAAGGUGGCACUUUUUGUGUUUGGAUACAUUUAUAUGACAUAUAUUCAAUAAAAGAAAAUCUUGCAAAACUUAUUCGCUAAGCACAGAAUUGUAGUGAUUUGAAAAGCAACUGUAAAAACAGCUUAGCUGGAAAAAACAAAGUUUGCUAUUGUCACAGCUUGGCUACUUUAGCUUCCAAUUUGCAGUUUGAUUUUCACUUCACUGCAAUUCAGUGUUUAUUGAAUAUCCUCACAGUGUGCAUUUGGGCAUUAUCCAAACAUUGUCUGGCCCUAGGGUGCAAUAAUAAUAAUAAGAAGAAGAAGAAGAAUAAAAUAGAAUUGAAAAUUGUCUGUUCGAUUAGUGCAUUAAAUGGGGCCAUAUACAACUAAACCAACACAUAAUAUCAUCCUCCAUAUACAGCUGAAACAUUGUCUAUAGGUACAGUAAAAAGAUUCCAUAAACAGAAGGAUCCCAUAGAAUUGAAGUAUUGCAUGUUCUGUGGGGGAGUUAAAAUGGAUCAUGUAAAUUCUGUGUUGCAGGAUUGUCCUUUUAUUGAAUUUGUUAAUCCACUUGGCGGGAAAUGUCACAUUAAUCUGGAUUCAUCAAUAAAUUACCAUCAUUGUGCCAGAA